ACUUUGCUGCUCAUGCAAAGCACAAACAUGAUUGACAUUACCUUCUCCACCGUCGUGCUCUCCAUUAUAUCUCUUCUAUCACUUCCUCGUGAUUCACUACAGGAUGAUCAUAACAAACUGGAAAUGGCGUUUACUCAUCGCUACCGGUACUGGGAUGAUGAGUUGUCACAGUUCCGCAUCUGUGAGCAAUGCCCCCCUGGUACCUACCGGAAGAGCCACUGCAAUGCAUCGAAGAGAACUGAAUGCACGCCUUGCCCUGAUUCACACUAUACAGCAUACUGGAACUCUCUUGGUGAAUGCCAGUAUUGCAAUGUGUUUUGCAAAGAGUAUCAGUAUGUUAAACAUGAAUGCAACAGCACACACAACCGUGUAUGUGAAUGUGUUCAAGGCCGCUACUUUGAGUUUGAAUUUUGCUUAAAGCACUCUGAAUGCCCACCAGGAUUUGGUGUAAAAAAGCUUGGGACGCCUUUCAUCAAUACAGAGUGCAGGCAGUGUCCAGAGCGGUUCUUCUCCAUUAAUAACUCUGCCAUACACCCCUGUCUAAAGCACACCAAUUGCUCACUGGUCGGCUUGAAACAAGUUCUUCAGGGGGAUGCAUUUCAGGAUAACGUGUGUCGACCAUGUGGGAAGAGAGAUGCUUCAUCCUUCGAGUGCUUGGAUCCACCAAUGGAGAAAGGUAUUGCGCUGUGCGAUGAAGCCAUCUUUAAAUUUAUCGCCCGUCAGAAACUGACUUCUAAAGAGCUGAAAAUGCUGCUGGAGAGCUUGCCUGGGAAGGGAGCUACUACUCCACAUUCCCGACGGGUGCAGAGGACAAAGGCAGGCCAAAUACGCACCUUCCUUCAGCUGAAACAAUGGAGAAUUGACAAUCCUCACGUGGACACUGUUAAAGGACUAAUGCGUGGGUUGAAAAAAGCAAACAUUCGCAAUAUUUACAAAAAACUGUCACGUAAGCUUCGGGUAAAUAAAGGUAGUAGAACUGCAUUGGUCUAGGAGGGAAAGAAAUAUGCUCUGUAAGCUUCAUAUGGAUGUCUUUGUGACACCAACGGCAUUCUACAGCAUUUUAACUGUAAUGUACUAUAUGUAGAAAGUGUGUCAAUAAGUCGCUAAUUUACUGAAACCAAGCAGCAACAACACGCAGAAAUAUAUAUUUUUGUUUCUUGUGUUAAUUACACAAAAUUGAGAAUUUGCUGUUUUUUGCGGACUUGUAA